GUUGACGGUGGUGAGGCAGCUGUGCGCAGCGCUAACCACAUUCGCAUCAUCACGUAAGCGCACACAGUCGCUCUCGCCUAUUUCGCGCUGCCAAGCCCACAUUGGCUUCGAGGCGCGAGACUUUGGAUUUCUCUUCCGACUGCAACGACCAUACUAACACCCAGCACCACCCCGAGCAUCAUGUCGACCUUCGAGCCCGUCAUUGUCAUCGACGGCAAGGGCCACCUGCUCGGCCGCCUUGCCAGCACUGUUGCAAAGCAGCUGCUCAACGGCCAGAAGGUCGUUGUCGUGCGAUGUGAAGCCCUCAACAUCUCCGGCGAGUUCUUCCGCGCGAAGUUGAAGUACUCUGCUUUCCUGCGCAAGCAGACCCGUUACAACCCCACCCGUGGAGGUCCCUUCCACUUCCGCGCUCCCUCCAAGAUGUUCUGGCGUACCGUCCGUGGCAUGAUCCCUCACAAGACCCCUCGUGGUAACGCCGCCAUGGAGCGCUUGAAGACCUUCGAAGGUGUUCCCCCGCCCUACGACAAGAAGAAGCGCGUCGUUGUUCCCCAGGCUCUCCGUGUGCUCCGCCUGAAGCCCGGCCGCAAGUACUGCACUGUCGGCCGCCUCGGCCACGAGUUCGGCUGGAAGUACCAGGAUGUUGUCUCUCGUCUUGAGGAGCGAAGGAAAGCCAACGGUGCCGCGUACCACGAGAAGAAGAAGCAGGCGCGCAGGCAGCUUGCCCAGGCCAAGAAGGACGCGAAGGUUGAUACCAAGGUCACCGAGCAGCUCGCUCAGUACGGCUACUAGACGGGGACGGGUGAUGAGUAGGGACGGCGUGAAAUGCAUUGGUCUUAUGGGAAUUUUUCGACCUCCAAGUAUCUUUCGACCAUCGGUCAGGGUGUCCAGGCAAAAAGAGCUUCAAAGUGCUCACGAGUUCAUGGGUUCCUUCACGGUCAGAUACUAUCUUCCGAAUAGAAGAAACACAAUAUGAAAACCUCGGGGCUGCAUGGGUUCGGUAAUGUCAUGGAGUUGGUCUUGUCAAUAAUGAUAUCCAUGUCUGACAUUUGCCGUUCCAGUGAUGACGC